AUGGUCUUUCGAAUUUUGGGGGAUCUAUCCCACCUCGCAUCCAAAGCUAUUCUCAUAUUUGCCAUACACUCGAACCGCAGCGCCGAAGGCGUCUCCCCAAUCACGCAAGUCCUGUAUGCCCUCGUAUUUUGCACCAGAUACCUCGACAUCUUUCGAACAACUAUAUUAUGGAACUUGCUGUUCAAGAUCGUCUACAUCUCCUCGUCAUUCUACACCAUCGGCAUAAUGCAGUGGGUGUACCCGCGCUCGAGGGAGCGCGAGCUCUCGUGGAAGCUAGGCGGAGGCGUCCUCGUCGCCGCCGCAGUUCUGUCGCCCUUCAUGAUGAUGAUCUUCUACGACAAGUGGGGUUUCAUUACGUGGAUGUGGGUGUUUUCCGAGAUUCUCGAGUCGGGCUGCAUCCUGCCUCAGCUUCUGCUCCUGCGGCAGACCACGGUGCCGACCGUCAUCAACUCCUUCUACCUCGUUGCCCUCGGAUCCUACAGGGCCCUGUACAUCUUGAACUGGUUCGUCCGUGAGUUCGACGCGACCGGCCGAAAGCCCGAGGCGGUAGCCGUCAUCUUCGGCGUCAUCCAGACGGCGCUCUACUUCGACUUUGCCUGGGUUUACUACACCCGGCAGCGUGUCAAGCUCCGAGGCGGCGGCAUCGUCGACGCGGACGACAUGCGCCGCGGCUGGCUGCUCCGCCGCAUUUUUGGGAGACACGUGGAAUCCGCCGACGAUGAAGAAGGCGCUCCCGCGCUGGGCGGCGACGGAAACGGACCUCGACGAGCGGCUCGGCCUGGCUGGGGAGCUCGCGGCAUUUCCGUCAGUGCGGACGAGGGCAUGUUCGACGCGGAACGCCACCACGAUGAUGAGGAAGAGGGUUUGGGUGGAGACCACGUCGAUCCGGAUGCGAAGAUGAAGGAUCCGGAUGAGCUAGCAAAGGCCCUGGACGACGAUGACGAUGAGGGCCAUCCUGUUGCUGCGUCGUCAAAGGGGAGCGCUGGGGCCAGUGUGCCCAACGGCAUGCGCAGCGGUGACGAAUGGCGAGAUUAA